GUAGGAAAAAUAGUAUCGUGUGCCGUUGGUUUUACGUUACAAAAACCUAAGACGAGCAAGAGAGAAAAUUAGCGAAAGAAUUACGAUAACGAAAGAUCUGUUCUUCAUAGAUGAACUGCCCCCAGUUCACCUAUAAAGAACAGACCUCGGGUGACGUUUCUGAACGCAGCCCUAACCAUAACCUUGUCGUACGAUUUUCGCGCCAUUUCUCUGGUGCGAUUCUCUCCGUGUGUUUCUGCGCUCGAUUCUCGUGUGUUAUUCAACGGGUUAUACAUAACUUCAACGUUGAGACACGCAGUAUUGUCACAGACUCACAGUUUAAGCAUUUAACGAAUCGAAGAGCUGCAGUAACAAAAGCAGGAGGUCCCCUAGUGCAUAACCUUAUUAUAUAUUCGUGUUAAUAACAUUACCGCAGGGGGUCAAUUCUGUGCUACGUGACAUCCUAAGGGACGAGUCAAAGGCGUCUAACUUUCGCCCGAGGGAAGUGGAAAGAAGCUGACGACGUUAAAAUGGGUGACGUUGCGGAUUUGCUUGACUUAUUACCAGUCUAUUACUCGAGACUGUUUCCCUUCGCUGACUAUUAUAGGUGGCUGAGUUAUGGAAACGCCAGCACUUUCAGCAAGAGAGAAUUCUCCUUCACCCUCUCGGAUGACAUUUACAUACGCUAUCAGUCUUUCAGCGACCAGAAGGGACUGUCGGACGAGAUUAAAAGAUUGCUGCCACAUAAAAUAGACAUAGGAGCGGUUUAUAACGUUCAGCCGAAAGACCAAAAAAGAGGCCCUAAUUUUCAACCAGUGGAGAGAGAAUUGGUGUUCGAUAUAGAUAUGACCGAUUACGACGAGGUAAGAACGUGCUGCAAGGGGGCGGACAUUUGCGGCAAGUGUUGGAAAUACAUGUCGCUUGCUUGCAAGAUAUUGGACAGCGCGCUGAGACUGGAUUUUGGAUACAAACACAUCUUGUGGGUGUUCUCCGGCAGAAGAGGUAUUCAUUGUUGGGUAUGCGACUCCGCGGCGCGCAAUUUGUCGGGGCAGGUACGAGCUGCGGUUGCCGAGUAUUUGCAGAUUAUAGGCGGAGGUGAAUUCAAGAAGAAGAAGGUACACCUCGCCGGCGAUAAAAUUCACCAUUCCAUCAAGCGUGCUCUCGAUAUAAUCGAUCCUGUCUUCCUCGAAAUGUGCGUCAGAGAGCAGAAUAUGUUGGGCACGGAAGAAGGAAUCGAAAAGUUCCUUCCGAUAUUGCCGAAUGACGAAGAUAGACAAGAGGUGAAGGUGUUGUUCGACAAGGAAAGUACCAGCGAGGCUAGGUGGAACGCAUUCAUACAGUACAUCGAGUCUAAACGGACGGGGGGCGACCGAAAGUGGUAUUUGUAUCGUCACUUGAUCGAAGAGAUAAAAUUACAAUAUUCGUAUCCAAGAUUAGACAUAAACGUCAGCAAAGGCCUAAAUCACUUAUUGAAAUCGCCUUUUUGCGUUCAUCCGAAAACCGGUAAAGUUUGUAUACCAUUCAUUGUGAGUGCAGUGGAUAAAUUUGACCCCGAUAAGGUCCCGACGAUAAUGACGCUGAUAAAGGAGAUCAAUGCCUACGAUGUAAAGGAUAAAGCUGAAGAGGAGACGUACGAGUUAAAUAAAAAGCGGAUUAAGGAUUACAAGAAAACGAGCUUGAACAAAUGGCUACACGUUUUCCAAGAGUUCUUACGACACUUGGAGGCUGAGCGACGAGAAGAAAGAUUAAAAGGAAAAACGUGUUUACUUUCAGUUUCGACCGACAGUAUGGAAUUUUAAAAGCUCUUGCAAGGAUAAGAAGUUGCCUCCUAAAAAUUGCUAUUCUACCGGAAAUAAUAAUAUUAUUUAUAAUGCUUUAAAUAUAGUUUUAUAGAAAUAAAGAAAAGACACAUUUUUUUUAUCUUCAAAUUCAGCGUCUUCGCUUUUACGUAUUACAUAUUAAGUUGCCAAGUAGUAUUCUUACAGUGUAGAAAGAGAAAGAGAGAGAGCGGGGGG